AGUGCAUUGGACCGCUCUUACUAUUCAACAAAGUUUAUAUGAAGGAGAGUGAAAGAGAGAGAGAGAGUGAAAGAAAAUGUUAACCACACUUUCUGAUCAAGAUAAGACCCUGGAACGGAUUUUCUUGAUCACGAAUUUGGUGGUGGAGCUUCCGUCGGCGGUUCUUGAUCAGCUAGCCUCAGUUCACAAGCCUCGCUAUGCACUAAUCAGCUUGAUCAUGUCUUUCGUAAUCAUGCUUAUCUCUGUUCUUGAUCUUGUUCGAAUAGGUCGAAGAGAAAGAGUCACAUGGAUGAGGAGAGGCAAGAUCAUACCUUGGUUUUACUCUCCAUAUCCAAGUUACAAGCCUCUGGGAACAUUUGCUGAUAUUUUUGGAUUAGUUUGUAGCAUCUUCCAAUGUGCUUCUGCAGCAAUUGCUUAUGCCUUUCGGUCUCGUAAAGCCGAUAGUCGUAUCAAAAUGUCAGUUUGGCCAUUAAUCUUUGCCUUUGGUUUAUUGUGUUCUAGAUUUCCAAAGAAUCCACGCCCUGAAAUUCAUCUAGAGAGCCCUGCUCGACGCACCCUGCAUGAGCUUCAGCCUUCUGAAACUCAAUUAUACUAUGAAGAUAAGAAGAAUUACAGGGAGUUUUCUGAGACUCCUAAGAGGUCCAACAGAAAGAAGCGUGAGGAAGUAGAAAGCAGGUUAAAGCAGCUUCAUACACUAAAGGGUCAUGUUGAAUCAGUGGCGGAACUCAGGGAACUUGACAUCGACUCCGAUGAACAGUACUACUCUGUUUGAGAAGCUGCAAACGCUUGUUCUUCUAUUGCCCCAUUAUUCAAUACAUAUGGUACGUUAGUCCACUCUGAAGGGUCAUUCUUUUGUCCGGGGUUUCAAGUAGGAUGUUGGAUUCUAGUUCGGUUUGGAGUCAACACAUGCCCAUAUACCCACCCAUACACAAUAUAAGUAAUAUAAGUAUGAAAUGCCUAUAUACCCAUACACAAUAUAAGUAUGAAAAAAAUAGUAUCAAACUCAAGCCACCUAUAUACAAGAUAACUGUGCUAUCUCAGGUCUAAAGAUUAUAUGCACUGAUAUGAUUUAUGACAAUAUAUUGAUAAGAGUAAACUCUAUGUGCUUGUCAUAAAUGUUACUGGUUUGGCCUACUUAUCAUACAUAAAUGCCUAUCAUGUUUGUUAUA